AUGCUUUUCCAUAUCAAGUCUGGCUUUUGGUUGCUCUUGAUAUGUGGACUGGCUUUUCUGGCCCUUUGGACUAGACAGAACUAUGCCUAUAGACUAAGGGAGUUCUUUGUCAGAAUCAAAAGACGUACAGGAGGCGUUAUCAGGUUAAAUGAUUCCUUCAGCGAUGAUUUAGAGUCCGGGCUAAGCUCAAGAAACUUUGAUCUCAUAUCACAGAACGACAAUGACUCGAGAUCAGGAUUAGAUGAUUCCUCUAAGGCUGAGGUCAAACGUAUUAUGGAGCAGGAAAAUCUAAGCUUCGAUAAGGCAAGAUUUCUUUAUGUAGAGAGGAAAUUUGGGCAGAAUGGAAUUGCACCUGAUGGGACACCACUCGAUCCCAAGGCCGUUGUAUUCAACAAGUAG